AUGCUGUGCAAUUUCAGCAUUGUGGCCACGUUUCUUGCGGCGACAGCCGCAAACUAUAUUCUAGUUCUAAAUAAUUGUAGAUACCAUCCGUUCUACAAACAGAGCUUGAAACUGGAGCUCGACACGGCACGCACCUACUCUUGCUUUUCUAUCAUACGCGGGGACGUGGUGAGAAUCAGGGGAAAGGACAUCAUGUCUCAACGGCACACGCAACGGGAAACGUUU